UGAGGUUUCAGCUGGCUGGCCGAUAAUUCCUCGGGACUCAGGCCUGAGUCACCGGGCUACUGCUUAGUCACAACAGUUGAGCCGCUCAACUACACGACAACAGAAGUGGUGUACAGGCUGUGCUUUGAGAUCUCAGAUUGACAGGAGGUCCAAUACAAAGUCCAAAGUACAACCAAAAGCAUCGUUCCUUAUCCAAGAAACAUUUACAAAUGAUCAAUUUCAACCUCAGCUACCAAUGGAUCCGGUGGAGGAAGCCAGACGGCCCACCGCCCGCCCUCCCCAAGGGCGUCGAGCGCCUCUUCAUGCACACAGCAGGGGGGCCCAUCGAGAUCCUCCACGCAGCACCCACCGGGCCAGCAGCUAACCAGAGAUCCGCAGCCCCGCCGCCGCCGCCCGUCUUCUUCGUCCACGGCGGCAUGGGCAGCGCCUGGGUCUGGCUCGAGUACAUGCAGUACCUCUCGUCGCGCGGCGUCCCCUGCUACGCCAUCUCCCUCCGCGGCCACGGCGAGAGCUGGCACCCGUCCUUCCUGCGGAUGGUCUACGGGACGCCCAGGUCCGCGCUGGCGGACGACCUCGUCGCGGGGAUCAGGUUCGCCGAGGGGCGGGAGGGCGGGGCGCAGGUCGUGCUCUGUGGGCACAGCAGCGGGGGAGGGCUGAGCCAGUUCGUCCUGUCUGAGCGGGGGGUUGGUGUCAGGGGGUUGGUCCUCAUGGGUGCUGUGCCGGGGUUUGGAUCGAUGAAAGUUUAUAUCAACUGGUGGCUGCUGGACCCGUGGUUCUCACUGAGGAUGCUCUUUCACGGCUGGCAUCCCAACAGCCCGCUCUCACACCCAGCCCUUACCCGCCGCGCGUUCUUCAGCGACGCCGUGCCGGACUCGUAUGUGGCGCGUUUCCAGACGCACAUAAAUGCCUAUGAGUCCUUCCUCUGGCCCCUCAGCAUGAUGGUACCCUUUGCCAAUGCAGCGACCAUCGUACGGAGGGUCGCCGGGUGGGGCCAGGGCGGCGGCCAUCGGAUCCUCGUGUUGGCGGGCGGACGGGAUCGGCUCAUGACCAUGGACGUCAUGGAGAAGCUGGCUGGCUUUUACCGCCAGGCGUUAAGAUCGCUGCUGCGGGAUAAAAAGCUGGACGGAGUGGAUGGCCCUGUGGGUGGGUCGGAGAACCGGGGCAAUGCUUCAGGACGGGAGGGCAUCGAUUCGGAUGCUGACGGUGUCAGGCUUGCCGUUGUGCCGUCUGCCGGACAUCACAUGCAGAACGAUGUGGACUGGGAGGUUGGAGCGGAGAAGUUGUUGGCGUUCUAUGGCCAGUUGUAAGAUUAUGAUAUGGCGUUAGUACUGCCACUGACAAUUCCACUUUCUUGAAAG